CAGUCCGUGAGAGUUCGUUUCACGGCUCGGACACUGACACUCACAAACCCACACGGGAUCUCUUUUUCUUUUUACUUCCCUCCCCUUCAAUUAUUUAGCAACCCAUUAAGGUUUUGGACGGAAAGUUUAGAUUUUUGUUUUUAAUUUUGUAUCACAAUGAUUUGCAUGGUGAAACAACCUGGUAUAUCUAUCAGAGGUUCUGAUGUUGUUUUUCGGAAAAAGGGUUCAAACCCAGUUCAGUCAUGUUCCCUUGUUUUACCUUCCCUCCCGAGAGAAAAAUUUCAGAGAUCUCUGGUUUCAGUGCAAAAGCCACUGCACCUUUCUGCUGUUGGUGUUGGGAGUUUUAGUGGGUCAGUGAGAGGUGAAAGGAGUAAUUUGGUAACAUGUGGAGCGUAUGAGGCAGAUAGAUCAGAGGUUGAAGGAGCUGGUACUCCAUCAGAGGCUGCUAAGAAGGUGAAAAUUGGGAUAUACUUUGCAACCUGGUGGGCUCUGAAUGUGGUGUUCAAUAUUUAUAACAAGAAGGUUCUGAAUGCAUACCCCUACCCUUGGCUUACUUCAACUCUCUCGCUUGCAUGUGGGUCUCUUAUGAUGUUGAUCUCCUGGGCCACCAGGAUAGCUGAGGCACCUAAGACUGAUCUUGAGUUUUGGAAGACUUUGUUCCCUGUUGCUGUUGCACAUACAAUAGGACAUGUAGCAGCAACUGUUAGCAUGUCAAAAGUUGCAGUGUCAUUCACCCAUAUUAUCAAGAGUGGCGAGCCUGCUUUCAGUGUACUGGUUUCCCGACUUAUUUUGGGUGAGACCUUCCCAGUGCCAGUCUAUCUGUCUUUAAUUCCAAUCAUCGGAGGAUGUGCACUUGCUGCUGUGACUGAGCUCAAUUUCAAUAUGAUUGGUUUUAUGGGGGCUAUGAUAUCAAAUUUGGCAUUUGUAUUCCGUAAUAUCUUUUCAAAAAAGGGAAUGAAGGGGAAGUCUGUCAGUGGAAUGAAUUACUAUGCUUGUUUAUCUAUUAUGUCCCUGUUGAUUCUCACACCGUUUGCAAUUGCUGUGGAGGGACCACAGAUGUGGGCAGCUGGAUGGCAAACAGCCCUUUCUCAAAUUGGACCCCAAUUUAUAUGGUGGGUGGCAGCUCAGAGCGUAUUUUAUCAUCUUUACAAUCAAGUGUCAUACAUGUCUCUGGAUGAGAUCUCUCCCUUGACAUUUAGCAUUGGAAACACCAUGAAGCGUAUAUCUGUUAUAGUUUCUUCAAUCAUUAUCUUCCAUACACCUGUUCAGCCUGUCAAUGCUCUUGGAGCUGCUAUUGCCAUCCUUGGAACCUUCUUGUAUUCACAGGCAAAGCAGUAGGGUCGAAGAGUUAAGAUUUAAGAAUCCUCCGGGGACUUGUUUUAAUUUCUUUUGGUCAUACUCAGCCUCUGAUAAGGAAGUUGAUUUUGAACUGUGGCAGCUGGAUUUUGGCAAAGACUAGAUGAUCCGGUUGUUUGUCUAUUUGUAUAUAAUAAUUAAUAAUAAUGGUACUGCUGAGAAACAUUAUCAUUCUACAGAUGAUUACUUCUUCUUUUUUCUUCAUGUUUUUCUAUUUCUGAAUUAUCAUUAAGUUUUAAGAUACUGCAUAUUAUAAGGGAUUUCUUAAAUCCGAGUGUGAUGAUCUAUUUGAUGGU